AUGUCCCGGCCGAACAAGCCAGUCAAUCUCAUGCGCGGCUGGCCUUCGCCAGAUGUGCUACCCGCGAGCCUCCUGGCAGCUUCUUGCCAGCGCGUCCUCUCGGACAAGGCCCAGUACACCCCGAUCCUCCAGUACGGUGCCGACCCGGGCUAUGAGCCGCUGCGCGAGGGCCUCGCCCGAUGGCUGGGCCGACACUACCGCGUCCAGCCGGACCCGCGACGCAUAUGCAUCACCGGCGGCGCCAGCCAGAGCCUUGCCUGCAUCCUCCAGAGCUUCACCGACCCGGCCUACACGCGCGCCGUCUGGGUCAUUGCCCCCUGCUACUACCUGGCCUGCGGCAUCUUUGCCGAUUCGGGAUUGAACGGCAAGCUGCGGGCCGUGCCCGAGGACGACGAGGGCGUUGAUCUCGAGGCUCUCGAGAGGGCGAUCCGGCAGGUGGACGACGAGGCCGGCAGCAGGCCUGAGACGCAGACGUUCAAGGAGCCCGGGUCCCAUCGAAAGCUGUACAGACACAUCAUAUACACGGUCCCAACGUGCUCCAACCCCUCCGGAAAGACCAUGUCACGCCGCCGCCGCGAAGCCCUUGUCCAUUUGGCGAGGGAGCGCGACGCCCUCAUCGUCUGUGAUGACGUCUACGACUUCCUGCAGUGGCCCCUCGAGGGCGCACCCACCCCGGAGCGGCCACCAGAGCUGCGGAUCCCUCGCCUGUGCGACAUCGACCUGGCCAUCGGACCUGCCGCAAACGACCCGCAGGGUUUCGGGCAUGCCGUGAGCAACGGGUCCUUUAGCAAAAUCUCGGGCCCUGGAGUGAGGACCGGCUGGGUCGAGGCGUCCCCGGCCUUCGUCAACGGGCUCAGCAAGACGGCCUCUACGAUGUCUGGCGGAGCUCCCAGCCAGCUCUGCGCUGGUAUCCUGAGCGACAUGGUCCACCAUGGGGACCUAGAAAAUCAUAUUGAGACUACAGUCCGGCCGUCGCUGCAGCGGCGGCAUAGGCUUAUGAUGGACGCCAUUCGCGAGUUCCUCGUUCCCCUGGGCGUCCAGACGCGACAGAGCAGCCUCAGCGGGAGCCAGAUUUACGGAGGCUACUUCAUCUGGCUGACGCUUCCACCUGAGCAUCCCUUCUCCUCGAGUUCGAUAGCGGAGGUUGCCAUGGAGGAGGAGAACCUCGCCGUUGGCCACGGCAACAUGUUUGAAGUGCUUGGAGACGAGGGUGGUGCAAGAUUUGAUAAGUAUAUACGGCUAUGCUUCGCAUGGGAGCCCGAAGAGAGCCUCGUUGAAGGCGUUCAAAGGCUGGCCAGACUCCUCGGGCGAAUGCAGGACAACGUGGAACUGUACCGAGCGCGGUCGAGUAGCGCGCAGGCGCCCGAACCAGACUCCUUUAAAUGA